GUAGAUGGGCAAUUUGGUUUAAUACUAGAUGUAGACUUGGUCACACUAUUACACAUUUUCGUAUUGAUUUUAUUUGCUGAAAAGUCCAAGACAAGAAGUUGCGGAAUACACAAUUAAAGGGUCAUUACAGGCGUUUGGAAUUUGUUGCAUCUAAAUGCAACUUAGUGUACAAAAAAGCCAAACUUGCAAACAUGGGCGACAAUGAGCAAAAGGCCCUUCAGCUUAUGGCUGAGGCUGAGAAGAAGCUGACACAACAGAAGGGUUUUCUAGGCUCACUUUUUGGUGGUUCGAACAAGAUCGAAGAUGCCAUCGAGUGCUACCAGCGGGCUGGAAACAUGUUCAAGAUGUCCAAGAACUGGACCAAAGCAGGCGAGUGCUUCUGUGAGGCAGCCACGCUCCAUGCACGCGCUGGCAGUCGCCAUGAUGCUGGCACCUGCUACGUGGAUGCCUCAAACUGUUACAAAAAGGUGGAUGUUGAGAGCGCCGUCAACUGUUUGAUGAAGUCCAUUGAUAUCUACACCGAUAUGGGACGCUUUACCAUGGCUGCCAAGCAUCAUCAAAGCAUUGCGGAAAUGUACGAGAGCGAGCCCAGCACACUGGCCAUGUCAAUUCAGCACUAUGAACAGGCAGCUGACUAUUUCAAGGGUGAAGAGUCUGUUAGCUCGGCCAACAAGUGCAUGUUGAAGGUUGCUCAAUACGCUGCCCAGCUGGAGGAUUAUGAGAAAGCAAUAUCCAUAUACGAGCAGGUGGCUGCCUCCUCCCUGGAGAGUUCGCUGCUCAAGUACAGCGCCAAGGAGUACUUCUUCCGCGCUGCUCUCUGUCAUCUGAGUGUGGAUUUGUUGAAUGCGCAGCACGCCAUUGAGAAGUAUGCGCAACAAUAUCCAGCAUUCCAGGAUUCCCGAGAGUUCAAGCUAAUCAAGGUGUUGUGCGAGCAUCUUGAGGAGCAGAACAUCGAAGGCUUCACAGAGGCAGUUAAGGAUUAUGAUAGCAUCUCACGCUUGGAUCAGUGGUACACAACUAUCUUGCUACGAAUUAAAAAGGCCGCCGAUGAGGAUCCAGACUUGCGAUAAACAAUUUAAACACUCUAUAAACGCAUAUAAAUACAUACCUAUAUAACUAAUUAAAUGCUUUUUUCAGUUACAAAAAAAAAAACAAAAAAAAAAAAACAAUCUAUAUAUAAAUAAUUAUUAAAUAUAUCUACAUAUAUGAAAACCACAUAAACUCAAUAACGAAAGUCAAGUGAAGAGCACUUUAAUUCAACAUACUAACAACUAUUUUAACGUAACAUAAUUAAACACUCAAUAUGCUCAGCACCAUUUUUGAAACUGAAAUCGAAGAUAUUUUGACCUCUCACUUUGCCCCCAAACUGCAAUUAAACUAGCAAUAUUGGAAUUGUUAUUAAAAUGUUAUAGUGUUUAUAUGAUUUUGUUUUGUAAUAUGUUACUCUAACAAACAUAAAUAACUUACAAUGCAAGAAUCGUUAAAUAAUUUGCAACACAAAUUAAUUACAUUAUGAGAUUUGUUUGUUUUUUGUUAAGUUUUUUCUUAAAACCUUAGCCAAAUUGUCAAUUGACAGCGAGUAGAGAUCUGAAUUUCGCAUUUCUAUGAUUAACAAAAUAACUGAAAAACUCAACGAUUGCACCUAAUCAAAGAAAAGACGCAUUAUGUAAAUCUUCAAAAACAAAUACAUGAUUAAAGUAUCGAAUAAAAACGGAAAUAUUUGAAUCGUAUGUAGUUAUUGAAUCUCAAAUUCAAUAACAAGAUAAAGAAAACUCAAAAUUACGAAAGAUUGUUAGUAAAAACAUAUGAAUAUUUAAAGGCAAAAAAGUAAAAAACAUAUUUAAAUUACACAAACAAUUAACCAAGUAAAUUCCUUAGCAUAUUUUGAGGGUCGCAGUUGAAAUAUUUGAAAAUUCCAUCUCAGAAAAUAUCAAUAUUGGGUUAAUCCAAAAGUAUAUUUAAAUAAAAAAAAUAAUACAAAUUUUAAAAUGUUUCGGUGUGUAGUAGAGAUUCAAAAGAUCGUUUAAUAAAUAAAAUAGUUUGUAUUAAAUAUUUAACACUUCUGGUAUAUGGAUUAUCUAAUUGCAGUUGUUCUUAAUUGCAAAAAUAGCAUACUUACUAUCGAUAUAUAAAGCCCAUUACACAAUGUUAUAAAUACAAAAGUAAUUGACGAAAGAUUGGAAAGUAAAAGUGCUUUUUAAAAAAUAAAACACGAAUAAAAACUUGA